AUGGCUAACAUUCUUAAAAAACCGCAGCCGAAAGGACUAAGAAUUGACCAUUACCAUCACGCUGAACUUUUAAGUUAUACCCCGUUAAAGGACAUAUUGGAUGAAAAAUAUCCUGAAAGUGAACAGGAAGCAAUUACUAAACUAAACUUAUCUAAACAUGGAUUACGGGUUUUAACCGAAGAAAGGGACUUAUUAUUAGAACAGAAAGAGGAUAUUAAAAAAUUAGAGAUAAAAGCAAAAUCCCUAUUAGAUAAAGACUUAUCCCCCAAAGAAAUCGAACAAGAACUUAAUAAUCUCAAAACUUUAUUUUCUAAUGCUAAUUUACCUAAUGCUUACGAUAUUUUGGAAGAAGUUUGCCAACAAUUAUUAACAAUUUAUCAAAUCUUUGAUACUGGUGAUUAUGAAGGAAUGCCUUCCUAUUCUUCCUCCCGCUCCUCCUCUCCAACUGGGGAAGCAGAUAAUUAUUUACAAAAUUUACAAAGAUUAGCGGCUGAAAAUGAUAAUAAAGAUUUAGAAAUCAAAGAAUUGAAAAGAGAUGGAAGUGAUGAUAAUUCUGAAUUAGGGGAAACUGAUACUGAUCGAGAAAAAGAAGCAAAAGAUAAUUCUUCUGGAGUUGAAAAAGAGAUGGUUCGCAAAGUUAUCAAAUCCUUAUCUAAUGAUAAUUUACCUCUAAAUCAGCAAUUUACUGAAUUAUCAGAAUUAUUAAGUCAAGGCACUCGUUUCAUGUUUUUAGAAGCUACCCAAUUCAUGUUUGUGAAGGAAAGUUUGGAAGCAAUUGACCCCGAUGCUCGUUUUAGUUUCCCCGUUUUGUUAAUUUAUGAAGUCCCAGCCAAAAAGUUUUAUCACUUUGACACCCUAAAAGGUGCUAAUUAUGAAAUAAUCAAACAAGGACUAAAUGUUAAUCUCACUGACCUUAAUGAAAACUUUGGAUCAGAAAGAAUGAAAUGGCAAAAGAAAAAUGAUGAUUUAAAAGACAGAAAAAACUAUUUAGAAACUACCUUAGAUACUUUAAAUAACACCAUAAUUUCUCUUAAUAAUGAACUAACUAAAAAAGAAGGGCAAAUAAAACAACAGACCAAACAAAUAAACCAGGCUAUUGCUCUUUUAGAAGAACAAAAAAAGAAAGUCGAGGAGCAAGCCGCCCAGUUAAAUAAAGAAAAAAAAGAUGUCGGAACCCAAACUGACCCUUAUGUUGACCAACAUUUAACCGCUGAUAUUCAAAGAUUAGAAAAAGAAAAAAGUGAUUUAGAUAAACAAAUUAAGAAAUUAGUUGAUUUGGAUGCAGAAAGCAAAAAAUUAAGAGAUAAAGAAUUAACUGAUUCAAGGAGAGAAUUUAACAAACUAUCCCAAAUAAACCAACAAACUUAUGAUAUUUUAGGGCAAGUUUCAACCGAACAAGGAUUAGCCCCACGUUCCCAAAAAAUUGUAGACAUGUUAAAAGCCUGA